GUCACCGUGUGCCGGUCUGUCACGAAACCCGUCUUGGACUCUUGUCCAUACUUCUUUCAAGUGUUUCAACCAGUCGAGCAGCGAAGUACACAUGGAGCAGCAAUUGGCCCGCCUGCCCAAUCUGAAGGCCGACUUUCGUGUGUUUGCUUUUGUAUUCUUCUUCGUUUCCGCCUAUGCUCAGAUAUCGAUUCCGGCGAAGCAAAUGGGGUUCUGGUACGAGCAUAGAGCCGCCGGAGUUGAUUCAGUACUGAUCGAGGCGUUCAUGGAUCCGGUCUGCCCGGAUAGCCGAGACUCGUGGCCCCCACUCAAACAAGCCCUCCAACACUACGGUUCUCGCACCUCUCUUGCUGUCCACCCCUUCCCUUUGCCUUACCAUGACAACUCGUUUCUUUGCUCCAGAGCUUUGCAUAUUGUCAAUAAUUUAAAUGGUUCUGCAACAUACAGUUUAUUGGAACAUUUCUUUGAACAUCAGGAGGAUUUUUACAACAAAGCAACUUUCAACUUGUCUAGAAAAUCAGUUGUGGCUCGUGUGGCUGAGUUUGCAGCUAAGGCAGUAGGGAGCUCAUUAUAUGAUGAAAUUAAAUCUGGAUUUAGCAACACUGCUUCUGAUCGGGCAACAAGGUUUUCCUUCAAGUAUGGUUGUGUCAAAGGGGUUUAUGGGACACCUUUUUUCUUUCUCAAUGGCUUUCCAUUGCCUGAUGCUGGCUCAGCUUUAACGUAUGAAGAUUGGAGAGGCAUCAUUGACCCACUGGUCAGGGAAUCGGAGACGACGGUGAAACCUUCACAUUUCUUAUUGUGAAAUCACUGAAUUGUUUAUGUUCUUAUUGUGCAUCCAUCCUUUCUCAUGCACUUGUUCUAUAUAUCUUCUGAAGUGGUUGUUUUUUGUUUUGUGAAUUGUGAUGAAGUUAAAGUUUAUGGUAAAUGGGCAAUAUAAUCUAAAAAACAGUCAAUUGCUGUAAAGUGUUGGAGAAAUGAAUACCCACAUGAUCUCAUUAAUAAAAAAUGUGGAGCUUUUUAGCCGUGUUUUAAAACA